UCAUGUUUAUGUAUAUAGUAGCUGUUGUUGCUCAAUUUAAUUCUAGUUUCUAGAUGAAGAAUUUAUGAUCUUUCUCCCCAAUUUUUUACCAUAUCAUGCACCCAGUUGGCAGAAUUUUAUUAGCCACCUCAUUCGUCUUUCCUCUUAAAGACCCAAUAAGUUUCACGUACGAACCAGUUCUUAAUUAGAAUUCUUAAUAAUGUUUACAAAUUACCUAUGAUUUCGUUGUUGUGUUUUUAAGAGAGUGAGAGCGAUGGAGGUAGGAGAUUGCAGUCUAUGGCAUCACUUAAUCUUUUGUGAAGAGCUGGAAAUUGAUGGCAACAACAAAGAUGUUUGCUGGCUGUGUGAAGAAUCAGUAUUGGGAGUCCCCGCCUACAAAUGCUUGGAAUGCAGCUUCCUCCAACAUAAAUCAUGUAGUGCAAUAAUGAUGCAUGUCAAACAUAAUUUAAGGGAAAGACAUCACUUGAUGUUCAUAGAAGAGCUGGGAAAUACUGGCAACGAGGAAGUUGUUUGCCCAGGAUGCGAGGAACAGGUAUUUGGUCCCGCUUACAAAUGCUCUAUCCCCGGAUGCAGCUUUCUCCUUCAUAGACCAUGCACUGAGCUACCUCACGUGAUGCAACACCCCGUGCACUCAAAGCACACCCUUAUUCUCCGAGUGCCAUCAGAGAGUAAUCAUUGUGAUGCUUGCCGCAAAUGUUGCAGUAGAUGCUUCCUUUACCGAUGUUCCCCCUGCGAUUAUGAUCUCGACGUUAAAUGUCGUUCCCGCUGGCGAAUUAAUGCCGAAAACUGUCAUCAACACGCAUUUGUUCCCACCUUAACGAAGAUCCAGUUCACUUGCCAAGUCUGUGGUGAGGAGAGCAAGGACAUUGCCUACUUGUGUAGCAUCUGCCAACUCUUGGUUCACUAUAACUGUGCUCGACUUCGGCGCACUGUCGAAGUUUUCAUACAUAAUCACUCCCUCACUUUGACCUAUUCUCUUCCUCAAUUUCAGGAGCACAACAAUAUAUUUUGUAAACUUUGUUAUGAGAAGGUGAAUACAAAGUAUGCAACUUACUCUUGUCGAGGAUGCAGUUAUAUUGCCCACUUGAACUGCGCUACUGAAUUCAUCACGGUCUCCAAACGGUUAGGCUGGCAGCAAAGAGUUUUUGACGAUGACUGUACUCUUUUCGUUCAUUUGGUGGAGGGGAUCAAGCUAGUAGAGGAAGAAAGAGCUAGUCAUCGGGAGAUCCAGCAUUUCAGUCAUCCACAACAUUACUUAAUCCUCAAAGAUGAAGAGCUCAUGAAGGAUAGGCGUUGUGAGGCCUGUAUGCAAUUUAUAAUCUCCAUUCCAUUUUAUGGUUGUGUUAAAUGCAACUUCUUUAUCCAUUAUAGGUGUGCUAAACUACCUUCAUCGAUUAAGCGAUGGCGACUUGAUGAACAUCCACUCACCCUCUCACAGGCUCCGUCCACAGAUGGAUUGUUUUGGUGUCGUAUUUGUAGACGUUAUCGCCAUGGCUUCACCUAUAAAUGUGACGAGUGUCAGUGGAAAAACUUUGACGUUCAAUGUUGUUUAAUUCCGGACAACCUUGAACAUGAAGGUCACCAACACUGUCUCUUCUUUCCUGUAAUGGAUUGCGGUACUUGCAAUGCUUGUGGUGCAAAAAAAGGUGACUUCACGUGCACGACUUGCAAGUUUUACUUGUGUGCUAAAUGUGCAACUCUUCCCCUGGUAACCAAAUGUGAAUAUGAUACACAUCUCUUAAAACUCUCCUACACGCGCGAAGAUGAAUUUGGAGAAUAUUAUUGUCUAAUUUGUGAAGAAAAAAGAGAUAAUCCAGAUCACUGGUUCUAUUACUGUGCAAAAUGUGACUUUUCUGGUCAUUUCAAAUGCGUUCUUGGAGUGAAUCCGUGUAUUAACUAUGGAAGAACUUACAUACAUGAAGAUCAUCAACAUCCUCUCACUUUUAUUCAAAAGACUGAGUACUCUCCUCCAUGUGAUGUAUGUGACAUGCCUUUUGAGGACAUGGCUUUAGAAUGUAGUCAAUGCAAAUUUAAGGUCCAUUGGGAUUGUUUGAGAGAGAUCUAA